UUGUGUGUGUUAGUAAAGCUAUAAGAGAUUGAAAAGAAGCAAGUGAAUUAGUCAGAAUUACAGUUUCAUCAUGUUUGCAUCUGUGGCUCUUCUCCUGGUGGCUGUUUUGCUUCUGCUGCUCCUCUUUGGGACCCAAAGGCCUAAAAAUUUCCCUCCAGGCCCCCGACCCAUCCCCAUCUUUGGAAACAUCCUGCAGCUCAAUCUGGAGAGUCCCCUCGCUGACAUGGAGAGGCUAGCCAAGCACUAUGGUAACGUGUACAGCCUUUACAUCGGGCCCAAGCCUGCAGUCGUCGUCAAUGGCUUGCAGGCCUUGAAAGAAGCCUUUGUCACCAAAGCUGCAGACUUCUCCGGCAGACCUCAGGACCAAAUGGUCAAUCAUGCUAUAAUGGUGAAAGCUAACGCUCCAGGAGUGAUUCUGGCAGAUUAUAGCCCCGGCUGGAGAGAGCACCGACGCUUUGGUCUGAUGACCCUGAGAAACCUUGGUCUAGGGAAACUGUCCAUGGAGCAGAGGAUUCUGGGAGAGAUACAUCGCAUCAUAAAGCCAUUGGAACAGAGCAUCGGUAAGACCAUGAACCCUAAAUUGCUGUUCCACAACGCAGCCUCCAACAUCAUCUGCCAAGUCCUGUUUGCGAGGCAGUUUGAGUACGACGAUGAGUUCUUGAAGUUUUUUGUUGACCUUUUUCACAAGACCUCUAAAAUAAUCAAUGGGCGUUGGGGUAUGAUUUAUGACUCUAUUCCCAUGGUGCGAAACCUGCCACUGCCCUUCCAGAAAGCCUUUAAGUUGUUUAAGAUGGCACAUGAGAGACGUCUGGAGCUGUUGGCUGAGAACAAAAAGAGCAGAGUUCCUGGUAAACCACGACAUUUCAUAGACUGCUACUUGGAUGAACUGGAUAAGAGAGGAGAUGAUGGCUCAUCAUUUUCAGAGGACCAGCUUUGUGCGUAUAUUCUGGAUCUUCACUUUGCUGGGACUGACACGACCGCCAACACCAUGCUCACUGUUUUCCUCUAUCUGAUGAACUAUCCACAGAUACAAGAGCGCUGUCAGCAGGAAAUAGACAAAGUCCUGGAUGGGAAGGAUCAAGCUAGUUUUGAAGACAGACAUCAGAUGCCCUACGUGCAGGCUGUCAUUCAUGAGAUCCAGAGGAUGGCUAACACUGUUCCUCUAGCUGUUUUCCACUCUACCACUAAUGACACAGAGCUGAUGGGAUACUCCAUACCCAGGGGAACCGUCAUCAUUCCCAACCUGUCGUCAGUGUUGUUUGAGGAGGGACAGUGGAAAUCCCCUCAUGAAUUCAACCCUGAAAACUUCCUCAAUGACCAAGGAGAGUUUGUCAAACCAGAGGCCUUCAUGCCUUUCUCUACAGGUCCUCGUAUGUGUCUCGGAGAGGGUCUGGCUCGUAUGGAGCUCUUCCUCUUCCUGGUGACUCUGCUGAGGAAGUUCAAGUUCAUCUGGCCUGAAGAUGCAGGAGAGCCAGACUUCACUCCUGUUUAUGGGGCGACCCAGACGCCCAAACCCUAUGACAUGAAGGUCCAGUUCAGAAAAACCGCCUGAUAGGUCAUGACACUUGCAAGACAGAGCUUUCCCCCGAUACUGUAACUGGGCUACUGACAUAUCAAAUGAAAUUCAAUGUUCUGAUAUAAAACCAGUUUUGGUUGCACUAAUUGCUAUUUGUAUAUGAAGUAUGACCUUGCUUAUAGCGAGCUCCCCUCAGCUCUACGGAGAAUAAUCGCGUCUUUCACAUAAUUGUUUUGAUUUCACAGUCUGCAGCUUCACCAUUUUACUUCAGUCUCACCACUCAUAUCAAUUUGCGGUUGCACACUGUUCCAACAGCUGUUUACCUGCCCAGCACCAGAUACCAAAACAUAUGGGAAGAGUGGAUAGCUCAUUUAUAUUUAAACAUUAUAAUGAGUGCUAAUGUUGCUUAGUGUCUGCAGGGUGAGAAAUAGUCUCAUAGCAUGUUAACAAUAAUAACUCAUCUUGAAACAUCAUAAAAAAGAUCUGUAAACCACACUGUGACAUUUACUGAAUGCAACAAAGCUGCUAAUUGUGACAAAUAACUGUGUUGUGAAUCAUAACAUUAUAUCUUAUCACAUGAAACUACAAACUGCUUUUCCCAAAACUCACUUUUUCUCACAUUGCUGGUGUCAAAAUGAAUUUGUGGGAUUAAAACAAAAUGUAACAUCAUCAGAUCACUUUGUCAUUUUGGUCAAUAAAGAAUGGUUUGUA